GAUGUUUUUAAAAGUUGGAUAUGAUAGAAAUUAAUUUUAUUUAUGGGCUCAGGGUUUUCAUGUAGGUGUCAAAUAAAUAAAUAAAUAAAUAAAUAAUAUUAAAAUAAAAGCCAAUUUCACUGUUUUUAUUUAUCUCUAAUGAUGUUUCGCUGUUAAAGUAACAGAAUCCACCUGCUCCUCUCAAACCACGUGACUGAUGAUGUCAGCCGAGCCACAAUCAAAGCCAGGAAACCUGUAGACAAAAUGGUGUUAGUGCGUCCAUCCAUCCAUCCAUCCGGACAAAAACAAAACAGACAAAAACAGCGAAUGGCCUCAAUCUUCUGGCUUCUCCUUUUUCAGUUCCGCUGCAUUCAUAAAGUUCAGGAGGCAUAUGGGAAAAACAUUAGCCUCUCUAUUCACCCUCCCACCCUCUCUGUCUUGCUCUCUAAUCCGCCCACAUGAACCGUCUGAGGAAAAAAAUAGUGCAGGAGGUGACGCUCCUCCAAAGGAACCGAGAGGGAGAGGGAGAGGUGUCUACAGGCUGCAUCUCCACUCAAACAUUUGGAAGAGGGGGAGGAAGAGGAAGAGCUACACCCAGAGAGAGAGAGAGAGAGAGCAACAACGACUGGCACUUCUGUUUUUUCUUUUUUGGCAAUAACAAAGAGGUGGGAGAGACAGAAAAUAGCAUAAAUAAGCGGGGGACUUCUGCUUCAUUUCAUCCGGAAGCCUCCAUCAUCAUGACCAUAACGCGCUUUAAGUAACAUCCGGCAAUAAUAACGCGGCUCUCCAGCAACAGAUGCGCGCGAUGUGCUGCUGAUUUUGAGUGGAGAGAAAAGAAGGAGGAGAAGAAGAAGAAGAAAAGAGAUCAGCUGAAUGCCUGCGAGAAACUGGACUGAAAGCAUCAAGCAGAGAAAUCUGCGCUUUGAUUGAUCUUUUUCCGUAAAGCUUCAUGUGCGUGUCUGCGCGCGCACAGCAGCCGAACCUGAGCCAAGCGCGAACUCCUCAGACUCCUCCUCCUCCUCCCGUCGGUUUUUCGCAUCCUCUCCCUCCUCCCCCCGCCCCCCGCCACCCCUCCCCCCGGUGCUCUAUGCUCAGUUCGGUGUGUGUAUCCUCUUUCAAAGGGCGCAAGGGUGGGAACAAGUCGUCCAACAAAGCAUGUUACAGCGCAGACAUGACUUGUCCGUCGGAAAGCGAGAAAAUCGUGAUAAACUGCGGGGGGGUGCGGCAUGAGACGUACCGGAGCACCCUGAAGACGCUACCCGGGACCCGCCUGUCGUGGCUCACCGAGCCGGACGCCUUCAGCAACUUCGACUACGACCCCAAAUUGGACGAGUUCUUCUUCGACCGCCACCCGUCGGUCUUCUCCUUCAUCCUCAACUACUACCGCACCGGGAAGUUGCACUGUCCCAACGAUGUGUGCGGUCCGCUGUUCGAGGAGGAGCUGGCCUUCUGGGGCAUCGACGAGACGGACGUGGAGGCGUGCUGCUGGAUGAACUACCGGCAGCACCGGGACGCGGAGGAGGCGCUGGACAGCUUCGAGACCCCGGAGCCGGAGGCGCCGGACGACGACCCGGCUCUGGGCGGCGCGGACGGGGACCUGAGGAGACUGUGUCUGCAGGAGGACGCGCGGAGAGCGGGCUGGUGGAAGACCUGGCAGCCCCGAAUAUGGGCUCUGUUCGAGGACCCGUACUCCUCCAAAUACGCCCGGUAUGUGGCAUUCAUUUCCCUCUUCUUCAUCCUCAUCUCCAUUUCCACUUUCUGCAUGGAGACGCACGAGGCCUUUAACACCAUCCUAAACAGGACAGAGAACGUCACAGACGGCAACACAACCCACGAGGAGAUAGUGUACGAAGUGGUGACCGACAGCUGGUUGACGUACGUCGAAGGCGUCUGCGUCAUUUGGUUUACAAUUGAGGUCUUGCUGCGGGUCAUCUUCUGUCCAGACAAGUUGGAAUUCUUCAAAAGUGCCCUCAACAUCAUCGACUUUGUCGCCAUCCUGCCCUUCUACCUGGAGGUGGGCUUGAGCGGUCUGUCCUCCAAAGCUGCCAAGGAUGUCCUGGGGUUCCUCCGUGUUGUCCGAUUCGUCCGUAUCCUCCGAAUCUUCAAGCUCACUCGCCACUUUGUGGGUCUCCGCGUCCUCGGCCACACCCUUCGUGCCAGCACCAAUGAAUUCCUCCUGCUUAUCAUCUUCUUAGCCCUCGGCGUCCUCAUCUUCGCCACUAUGAUCUACUACGCCGAGCGAAUUGGGGCAGACCCAGGUGACCCGACAGCCAGCGCCCACACCAACUUCAAGAACAUCCCCAUUGGGUUUUGGUGGGCCGUGGUGACAAUGACCACAUUGGGUUACGGUGAUAUGUACCCGGAGACGUGGUCAGGAAUGCUGGUGGGAGCGCUCUGUGCCUUGGCUGGUGUGCUGACCAUUGCUAUGCCUGUACCUGUCAUUGUCAACAACUUCGGCAUGUACUACUCUCUGGCUAUGGCCAAGCAAAAGCUGCCCAAAAAGAAGAACAAGCAUAUCCCUCGAGCGCCUCAGCCGGGGUCGCCCAACUACUGCAAGCCAGACGCCCUGGCAAUGGCCACUGCAUCACCGCAAAGGAUUUUGGGAAAUGUCUUAGGUGGAGUGAUGGGGUCUGGAGGAAUAGGGGGUGACUGUCCUCUUGCUCAGGAGGAAAUCAUAGAGAUCAACAGAGAUUCCAAGCAGAACGGUGACGCAGCCUCGGCCGCCUUGGCUAACGAGGACUGCCCCACCAUCGACCAGGUGCUGAGCCCGGACGAGCGGAGCCCCAUCGGGCGGGGCCCGACUCGGGAACGCUACCAGCAGGACCGAGCCUGCUUCCUACUCAACACCAGGGAAUUCCGUGCCACAGAUGGGAAUGUGCGGAAAGGUUGUGUCAUAUCACGCGUGUCGACCGGCCAAGAGAAAUCUCGCAGUCUCAAUAACAUAUCGGGAGUGGCGGGUUCGUCUCUCCGCCUCGCUCCCAUCACCAGUCCACCGUUUGAGAACUAUGAGACGCCGGGACAACUGCGCCGCUGCCGCUCUCCCAUCCCCUCCAUUUUGUAGCAGAACGGAUCCUGGUGAUGCCAGAGAAACGCGGUGGAUUAGUUACGGAUCACGCUGAAACUUCCCUUUGCAUUAUAACAUAUUGUGCAAACAAAAAAUAGCAAUAACGUUAAAUGAACUUGAACGUAGAGUGACUUCUGUUUGUGAUGCAUGCAUCGGGUAUGCAGAUGGGUUAAAGUACAAAACGUAGCUUUCAAGGAAGUUAUUGUAAACUAUUAGAUGAGACGUUAAAAUAUUGAGAUUGGCUCAAGGAUUAAAAAUAGCCUCACAGGUUUAAAGGGGAAAAAAAUGCUGAUAUUUUAGAAGUUAAAUUUGUACAUAGACAUUCAUUUAUGUUGCUAGUAUCUCCAGCCAGAGAAAUGAACAUGAAACAAGAAAACGUUCAUUUAGCCAAAGAAAAAAGUCUUCGUUCGUAGAUUACUUUGAUGUUAGCAGUUCUCUGCAUUCGUCGUUUGUGACUAAUGAUGUAAGAGGAUAGUAGAAAUCAUCGCCGUUAGCUCUUUGUUUCACUAUUGGCAUCCUGUCAUCAUAGGACACUUGUGUGGAAAGUUUAAACUGCGACUUAAAGUGAUGUGUAGUUUAAAAAAAAGAGAUGCCAUGGUGUAAAUUAAGAUUAUAAACCGACUUCAUCUUAAUACGCUGGGAAUACGAUCCCUCAUAUGCAAAUAUUACCUUGGAGUUAGCCGGAAAAGGUCCAUUCUGUCAUUUUAAUGACAUAUAAAAUGAAGAUUUGUGCAAAAUGAGUUGUUCGUCAGGCAAACAUUCUUACCAAUUACAGAAAACCAGGAUAAUGUAGAUUUUUUUCUUCCAGAUAGCAGCGGAUAAUUAGGUGGAACUAAUGCUAAUGCUGCGUUCACACUGAACACAAUUUGAGCGUCAGGCGCUUCAAGUUCACAUUCAAAGUCUCAGUGGACGCGCGUCUAAAUGGCGUUGGAACGAGCCGUUGUUUCCCGUUGCCUUUCUUUAUGGUAGAGAAACUGAGAGAGUGACACCAAAUUAUUAUGUAAUGAAAGCUUCUGCAAUCAUAACAGAGGCUCAGAUGCUUAACCUUUUAGAAUAUUUUAGAUAUGCUCAUAAAGAAAAAGAAAAUUAAAUCAGCAAAUUAAGGAUUUUUCUGAAAUAAUUUGGAGUUAUGAUCCACAGAAAAAUCAGCGGAGAAGCAGCAGGUUCCUGUAGCUCCGUUUUCACACCUUUAUUUAUUUAAUGACAGGAAAUGACUGAAUGGACCUUUAAAAAAAAAUCAUUUUCUGGUAAAGUAUUUAAUAUUUCCUCGUUUAUUUUUUUAACAAGAAACUUAACGCGACGUAUUUAAAAAGCUCCUAACAAACUAAUUUUUGGAAAGUCAAAUUUGAACGACUUUAACUAGGAAGUUUAAAUAAAAACAAGCACUUUACUAACAGUCGGUGUUGAUUACUAACCUCUAACGUUUGCAUAAGGAGUGAAUUCUGCGCGAACACAAGCCACGCCAUUGAACACGCUUCGCUUCAUGAUUGUUCGUUUCUUUACUCAGGUUUUCUUUUCUUUAAAAUGUUUUUCUAAAAUGACUAAAUCAUCUCUUUUUUUUCUCAUUUUACUGAAAACAAUCAAUACAUUUUGCUUUUAAAACCAAGACAAACAUCUUUCGGUGUAUAUUUUUCAUGUUUGUACAUUCUGUGUGGAGCAACAGAUCAGCAAAAAAUAGAAAAAAUGUCACAUUCACAUAUGCAAUAAAUGUGCAAUAUUUCUUUAAUGCUGGAAAACAUGCCGUGCAUAAACAUGUAAAUAUGCAGAUAUAUUUUUACCCUACAAAAAGGCAGACUACUUAUUCGCAUGUUUCAGCUCCUGUGGAUGUAAGUAGUAGAAGUGAUCAGACCUGAGCCAUUUCCAUGUCGAUGUUGUGGCAACUGUCUGAAAUGGUUUUAGGUUGGAAAAAGUUUGAUAUUUUCCUUUUUUUCUGCUGCAUUUCACUGUAACGAUCCACACUGCUGUACCACUGGAUGUAAGAAGAACAAGUCAAACUAAAAUCAGAACUGACUUACAUUUUCCACGUGUAAAAUUCGUCUGCUUGUUUCGGUGUUGCUAAUCUAGCUGUUACACUCCGUGGUCCUGGCACCACUUUUAAAUCCAUGUGCUUCCAAAGAACUGAAACUGGAGUUUGUAAAUGAGUCUCAUGUGAGCAGAUGAAUGUUUGUUUUAAUCGCCGACUGACUGGAAGUGAGUUGUGGGACUGAUGUGAACAGAAACGGAUGGUUUAGAACAUUUUUCACACAUAGAUGUAACAUUUUCAUGAAGAAAAAAGAAAAAGGUUGCAGUAUUGUAAUGUUAUCUGAACACUUGUCAUUCAGCAUACUGAGCAGAUUUUCAGACUUUUUGUGUACAAUAUGAACCUAAACUUUGGUAGUGGUUUUUUAAAUGAAGAGAAAACUUUUGUGAGCAUGCAGUGAGGAAACAUUCACGCUGAUAUUGACCAUGACCAAACUGAGAUUUGGCUCAAAACAUUUGUUAGAAUAAUUUCUCUCCUUGUUAUUUUUAUUUUUAUUUUUUUUUUUGCUUGGCUCCUCAUUAACCCUCUUAGCCUCACUUACAUCUUGUAUAACCACAAAGGGAGGAUAUUAUAUUCUGUGGAUUAUACUUAAAUCACUGGUCUACUUUAUCAUUUACAGUAAAAUAAGUAGGAAUAUUUUUGUGUCUGAUGCAACUGAAGGAAUCAAAUAAUGUCUUUUAUUUUGCACAUUUUUUCUCAUAUAAAUGCUAUUUACUCAUAUUUGUAUUUGUGUUUUAGUAACAUAGUUGUCUUCUGUUCCAGUGAGAGUUAAAUCAUAGUUUUGACAUAAAGUUGUGGGAUAUCAAACAGAAACAGGCCUUCCUGUGCCUCCAUGAGGUCCCUGUAGACCCUGAUGUCAGUUUAGGAUGCAAAAUACGGCUAGAUUUAACUAGCUAAACCUUUAAAGCAGCACUUAUUAUGGAAAAUGUACAUGUGAAUGCAUUAAAGUCAUUUGAAUUUACUGAUUAUUUAUGUUUACAUUAAGAUUUUCAACAAUGAUUGGAUAUAUGCAGCUCUGGAAAAAUUAAGAAACAACUUAAAAUGAUCAGCUUCUCUGAUUUUACUUUUUUAUAGGUUUAUGUUUGAGUAAAAUGAACAUUGUUCUUUUAUUCUAUGAACUACUGACAACAUAUCUCUGAAAUGCCAGGCAAAAAUGUAGUAUUUAUCUGCAAAAAAUGAAAAAGGGUCAAAAUAAGGAAAAAGCUGCAGGGCUUCCAGACCUGGAAUAACACCAAGAAAACAAGUUCAUAUUAAUUUAGAAACAACAACUCUAAUGUUUUAACUCAGAAAUCAGUAUUUGGUGGAAGAAGCAGGAGGUUUUCAAUGAGCUUCAGUGCAUUUUCCCCAGAGCUGUUUAUUAUUUUUACUAGAUGUUAUUGAUAAAAGGUUCAUGUCAAUAAAAACAAUCUUAAUAUCCGCAGGCAGAAUUGGAUCAUAUCAGGAAUAAAUGUAAUGUAGAUUAUUGAAUAGUUUCUUGCAAAACUAUUUUUAUUCUUUGAAAACGUAAAAACUUUUUAUGUGAUAAACAAGAAUUCAUGCAUAAUUUUGAAGUGGAAGAAGAUAAUUUUUUUUCAAAUUUUAUUUAGAUAUUAAAAGCUAGAAAAUAUGGCAUGCGUAUGUAUUCCCGCUUUUAUUACUUCACCCCUAAAUAAAAUUCAGUAAAAUCCUUAAGAUGUCACUCAACAAGUAAAUAGGAUCAGACUGUGUAUAAAUAAUAUAACUAAUUUUAUUUCAGUUAAACUUUAUUUACAACUGCAGUUUUCUGUUGAAAACAUUUAAGUCUGGUUUGUUCAACAGCCAUGAAUUGUGUUUGACUUUUAAGCUCUGCAGUGACAGAAAUGCCACAUUUUGUUCAAAAGUGUAAUGUUGUAAACUAACUACUAGUUACAACAUAGGAGAAUAUUUUGAUCAGAUGAUUUCAUCACUUAGAAUAGAGUUAUGCCUUUAAGGAUUUAUUAAAAUGUACAGACUCAAAGAUCCGUGUAUGGAAGCCAUAUAGAAAAAAAUAAUCUGCAAUAGAUUACUAAUUAUUGUCAAACAUAUCAGAUCACAUAACGCGUUCCCAUUAAAUUUUGAAUAUUCUUUUAAUUCACGUGUCAAACUAAUCUAGACUCCAGAUUACAUCAAUAAGUCUCCAGUUUUUCACAAAUCCUGAAAAUUCACAUAAAAUCAACAGAUCCCCCAAUUUCUUCUGAUUGUACAGCCAAUUUUUCUCAAAAUUCAUCAAAAUCUUUGGGUUUAAUUGACCUCAGCUUUACUUGAUGUCAAGUUGCAGUCUGUGAUCGAUACAGUGAGUAUAAAAAUUCACAUUUAACCUCACACAUCAGUGCAAAUUUAAAAAUUCCUUACAAAUAUUUCUAAAUUAGCAACACAAAAUCUGUGAUUUUGAUUCCAAAAAGCCGCAAAAACAAAACCAAAACCCUGAUCAGUGAUAGUUUAAUCUUAAGAAACACUGAUUGAAUGCUAAAACAAACAGCUAUUUAUAGAUAUCAUUUAUUAAUUUAGUGAUAAAAUGGGUUUUAUCAAUACAUUCUGGCACAACUGGCCUUUUAAGAACAUUCCGAUUUUUGAUUUGGCUCAAAAUUAAAUUAAGUUUGACUCUCCUGUUCUAGUUGCAAUUUGGAUUUAUUAAAAAAAAAAAUUUUUUUGCUACUUUCAAAAAGUUACAUGUAACUUUGGGAAGACGAAAACCAAUCACCACCUGAUAUUAGUUAUUAGUUAUUUUUGCUAAUCAGUCCAUGAUCUAUAUGUAACAAAAUGGCAGCUGUUUGGACAAUGUUUUAAUGGCCUUGUUGCUGAAAGUGAGUUAUGUAAAUAAAGUUGCCUUUUGUGAUUCUGAAACAACAUCAAUAAAUCUCAAGUUUCCAAAAAUUCACGCCUUUAUGUCAUACUUAGGAGCAAUUUUCCAAUGAUACAAAGAUGGUGAAAAUAAGACGUUUUAUUGCAUAAAAUAAUAGAUUCAUAGAUAACGUUUUAAGAAGUGACAUUACAAUCAGUUUUAAAUCAAAAUAGAAAAUGAAUAUAUAUGUAAAUCUAUAUAAAAGUAUAAUUAUAUAGCUUUAAUUUUUUUUAAAUAGUUGAUAUUUGAGAAAUAGUUCAUUUUUUUCUCUGGAUCACAUGUUUGUGUCUAUAUCUUAUUUUCUGUCCCAUUUUCCCAAUGCUGAGCUUGGCAGAACAGUGAGCUCAUUGUUUUAAUGUCUUUAUUACUGUAUGAGAAUUCAUCAGAUAAAAACAUUGCAAACUUUAACGUUUUACUGGAUUUGCUGUAAAAUUUGGGUCUCAUUGACUGCUAUUUUGUUGUUAAACAUGUUUACAGUUCAUUUUUCAUUAAAAUUCUGUUUAAAACCAUUUACAGUUGGUAUUUUUAAUGCAAACGUUACAUAUUGUUUACUUGAUUUCCCCCGUUGUAAUGUAAUAUUCUACUGUUUAUUGAAAACGUUGUGUUUAUUUUUUUUACUGGCCUGUUGGAGGUUUCAUGAACUUUGGUGACACCUCUUCACUCCACGCCUCUUCCUGUGUCGACAUCAACAGAUAAAAAGUGGAAAAAUGAAGAGCAAACAGAAGAAGUUAAAAAGCAGCAGUAGUGGAUGAUGUCUGCUAUCAAUGGGUUUAAUGUAACACAAGAUUCAUUUUCCUUGUUUCCAUAAAGGAGGAUCCUUCAGAAAUGUUUUCAUUUCUCAUUUUGUGUCGUAGCAUUAACAUUUGCACCAUUUCCUAUCUGUAAAUUAGGUGUUUAGCACCAAUUAAAGGCACAAUUUAGAACCUAAAGAAGUCAAACUCACCAUAAAUGCUAAGGCACAAAAUGACUGGUGCUAAAUUUACUGUUGUAUUUUACAAAAUGUUUAGCUUUUCUUUGAAAAGUGAAACUAUUUCUGGAUGUUUCUGAUCAUCUUUCUUCGCAGUUUUGCAAACACAUGUAGGUCAAGCAGCACCAAAUCAUAUGCAGAGCUCUUUAAUGUUGUCCAGUUUGAGAAAAGUCAGUUUUCCAUAUUUUUGUAAUGUUUCCAUUUCAUAAUUUUGCUGUUUAAGACGAACCAACUAUUCCAGCAGAUUUAAGUGUUUGUUGUGUGUUGUUGAAGCAUUUUAUUUCAAUUUGUUCACUUCAUUCUGACACAGUUUAACUGCAGUUGACAGGUAAUGGUAACUCCUGAUUACUUUACAUUUGUUCAUAAUGUCAGAACCUAAUUAGCCAUUUUUUAAUGUGUAUUUGAGAAACCUCAGCUAACCGCAUAUGAAGCAGUUACGUUUUGGUGUGACUGAACAUAAUUAUUUGAAGGUUGGCGGCGGUGAACUUGACAUUAACGGCUUUCUGUUUCUCUCUUUGCAGUGUUAAGUUUCUAGCGUUCGCCUUCUCUGUUAUGAGGAGUCAGUAACUGGUAAACAAAUUGCGGCGGGAGCCACAUAAGUGACAGGCUUGUCGCGGACGGACAGUUGAAAGGAGAUCUUUGAGGUGACGAGAGAGACCAGAGGGUAAUCAUGAAUUUAAAAAAAUAUAUAAAUAUGUAUCACUUGGUCUGCUCCUCACAUUGUUACCAAAGCAGCCUCUUGGAUCGCCAACCACACCUUUUUUGACAACAGUUCACCUGAACCCCCUCCCACCCGCCCACUUCUUCUUCCUGUGCCCCCUUCCCUUGUCCUUCAAGCGGACUGAGCAUUGCACUGACACACUUUUGGAGAAAACAGGACUCCUGAUGACACAUUCCAGACGACAUCUCUCUGACAGUGUUAUGAACGCCAUCCUGCUUAUUGACCAAAUCGGCACCGCCUGCAGUGCCGAACCACUGAGCAAGUUUCCCGGUCAAGCACUCGUCUUUCACCUGGACUCAAACGAACAAUGUAGCAUCUCUGCUAACACACUGUAGCAUCUGUUGGUUGGGAAAUAUCUUGACUUAAAAACCAAUCCAUCCACAGUUCAAUGAGAGAGAAAAUUAUGCAUUCAAGGGAUCUUCUAGAUGUCACUCCUGUAUUCCUUUCCAGUGAAGUAGAAAGUCAUUGAGGGAGCACAUGAGAGACAAAGGAUUGGUCUUAUUCAAUACAACAAUUAAUUUAAAAAAGAGAGAGAGAGAUGCACAAAUAUAACAAUGCACAGUCUUUAACGGCACCUCCUGACAGCCCCUUGUUAAAGUUUAGCACUUGUAUAGUCUUCCAUUUACUUCUAUUAGACAGAAGUACUGCCCUGCUCAUCAAACAGCACUAACUCUGAAGCAGAACAAUCGAAGCACAUGUAGCAUUAUCUUAGACAAGUCAUUUUAUACUCACCCUAAACAGUCUCCAUCACUAAAUAGUGAUGGAUAGACUUAUCUUUAUCUCUCAUGUACUGAUGUGGGCUUGCACGAAAAUCUAUGUUGGGUACCAAAGGUCCUUUAGCAUGCACUUGCUGAAUGACCCUCUGUAAUGUAUAGUAGAUUAGUAGAGAUAUUAAAUAUAGGGUGAGGCUUCUACUCCCUCUCAUGCUAACCAUCGUCUCUUAGUCCUUUGACUGCCAGUAGCUUCCUGUGCCUCACUGCACAUGUAGGUCCCCGUGUCUGGGUGACGGAGACUCGAUUAGUAAACAGACUGACUCAAGGAGUCAAACCCUGUUGGAAUAUCGGCCUAUCCUGCCUAAAUUACAAAAAAAAUGCAAACAGUUCUGCAUUAUUUUGAACGGGACCAAUCUGGUGAAUAUUUCCCAAACACUGCCAAUUAGGCGCCAAGACUCCUCUGAUGCAUACUGCCCUGCCUCUCUUGUCCCUCUUGCUGCCAACAAGUGCUUCACUGGCAACACAAUGUCACGAUGAAGUUCAGGGGGGGGAAAGGGAGUCCUUCUAGGCCCAAAGGAUAUAUUCAGAGAAACGAACCAAGAGUAAGAACAAGUGUGGACGUGUACAAAGAGAACAAAUCUAUAUUUUGAUAAACAAAUCUACGAUGCUCCAUGACUUUGGAGAUGGGGUUCUGUCCGGGAAGAGUCUGGAAAAAAAAAAGGUCUCAUACAAGAGAAGAAAAUUAGUUGGUGGAAAGGAUACAAGAAAAGAAGUAUUCCUUCAUGCUGGGGUGUGCAACAUAAUUUAACCCGCAGGUGUUGGGGAUGAAAAAAGGUUUCUAGAAAGACCUUUAGCAAUGACUGACUCUUGCCCAUUCAGACAUGGAAAAGAAAAAGGAUGGACAAUAAGAAUAAUGGGAAAAAAAUGCAUUUUUGUAACUUUGUUUACCAGCAUGACUACUUUGCAUGACUGUCUUUUCUGCAAGCCCUUAGUUGAAGACAAGGGUGCUAGAGAUACAAAAAAGUAUAUAUAAAAUAAAUUUAAAAAAUGUUAUAUGCAAUUAAUGUUUUAAAAAAGAUUAUAAUUAAAGAGAAGAGCUAUAUUUUCUUUUGAGAACUAAAAAAAUGUGAAUAUUGAAACAUGUAUGUUUGCAAAGUACACCCUGAACUAUGUUUUGUUUGAUGAAAUCUCUCUGCUACUACUGCCCUACACUCUUCAUUCCAGUGUUUAUGACCUCUGACAUGGUUUUUAUUUUGUAACGCGUUGAGCAGCACACUUUCUAAACAUUCAAUUGACCAACUUUGCCUGUAGCAUCUGAGCAAAGUGCUGUAGUCGUUGUCAGUCACAAAGUCCAUGUUUCCUCCUUGACUUGUUUGCACAUCUUCCGUAGCAAAAGCAGCACCCGUACUGAAACAGCAGCUCUCCAUGUUCUGAAAGCUUGAUUAGUACUCAUUGUUUGCUAGUUUUCUUUGGCAAUAACGCAAGAGUUGUCACGACUGUAGCUGAUAAAAACGGAGUCCUUUGAGUUAUCUUCAAAGCUUCAGUGUUGAAGGGAUUCCUAAGAGUCUUGGAUGCCUCGUUUGCAGAGAUAGCAGUCUCACCCUCUGCAGGAGAACAGGAAGACCAAUAAAAUAAUAAAAGAUGCAAUAUGGCGAGGAGUUGGGAGAGAUUUUUAAGUUUGCAUGGAAUUAACUGCCAUUCCAAAUUCAGAGCGUUGGCUUGAGGGACUCAGGUGCGCUGAUAGUGUACGUGGAUGUAGGUGUUUUGCUAUUUUCUUUUUAACAUAAUAAAUUUUAAUAUAUAGAAAAAUAAUAAUGUGAACACCUCACAGUGAUGUGUUAAAAAAUUACAAAUCAAAAAAACAAAACAAAAAAAAAAAAACAGCAUGCAUUAUGACUUGAUCAUCUCUCCAGGGGGAACAGAUUCUUGCCAUUUCCCUCCAGCCUUGUCAUUGUUCCUGUCACGAUUCCAGUCCGGAUAACUUUAUAAACACUGUGCCGUGUUGUAGAGCAGCAAAGUCUUCCUUGGAGAGGCAACUGAGAACUACUCACACUCACAGUGUCGGCAUGAGUGUGUAGAGGUAGCUUGUCUUAAUUUUUUUUAAAAGGUCAGGUCUUCGCAUCUGUCAUUACCACACUGCCGAGUUCUUGUCAUCCCGCUGGCUAGUUCAUCGUAUCACAACGCAGUCAUGCAAGCACCAAUCAAAGAGACCCAGAGCUUCCAAAAUGAUGUCAGAAAAUGAUAAAGAAAAGGUAAGAAGUGGUCCACCUGGGGGAGCCUGAUGGUGACAAUGAAACAGUGACAGGUUGAAGGAAGACUAAGGUGAUCUGUGGAGUGUUGAGGGGUCUUCAAGAACUUCUUCUUUGGUUUGGUUUUCCCAGUGAGUUUCAAGCCCCGCUGGUCCGGGGUUUAGCUCAGGCAGCUGAACGGUCCUCCGCCCAUUUCUCGUUCAUUUCAGCGUGAUGUAGACGACAGAGAGCGUUAACAGUUCUGUUGAGUCUGCGCAGGUUUAACAGGGUCCACAACUUUCUCUAUUUGCAAAAAUCUUACUAACACAUAGUUUUCAUUCUGGAAAGUUCUCAGAGCUUGGAUGGCAACAGAGAUUUUUCAGAGGUGGCGUGCACACCGGCAAAAAAACAACAAAAAAAACUUUGUGAUUCACCCAAUUGUUUGUAAGUUGUAUUUUUUAUUUCUUAUGGCCAGGCAGUGUUUUUAUUUUCAUGCUACUGUUUUUCAUUGUUAAGUUUGCCAUAUCUUUGUUCUCCACAUUGCGACUCUCUGCCAGCAGCAGGCUGAAAAAGAUGUCUUUUUUUCCCCCUAAUGCAUAAUACUGCCAUUUGAUUUAGAUUUGUGGAACAGGAUGAGUUACAAUGUCGAUUGUGCUAAGUCUGUUUUAUUUUUAAAGGUUUUCUAUCUGUUAGAAGACGUAAAAGAAAAAAGCAGUCACCUCAUACAACCAAAAGGACAGGAAUGCUUUGUGUUGGCGUGUUACUCUGAUUUGUCCUGAAGGUGCCACAUGGUCUUUGGACAACACCUCCUCCACAGCAUCCUGUUUGAUUUUACUUACAUGUUUGUUCGUUUUUCAAAAUGUUUUCAUUGUGUCUCUUUUUGUUUGAGGCCACUGUAUGCAAUCCACACCAUGUAUGCCACUGAUCGACACUUACUGUAAGCUCCCUGAGACACAGAUGUGCUGUCAUCAGUUUAGACAUUUUCAGCCACCUGUGGCUUUCCAUAGAGUGACAUAGCAAUCACGUAUAUCUUUAAAAAAGUAUUUUACAAAUUGAAAAUAUUACAGUUGUUUCAGAGCAAAUUAUAUCAUACUAUAUAAAGUUUUCUAAUAUAUGAAAUGUUAUUUUAAUGAUAAAAUCUAACAAGUCUAACCUCGUUACAAACAUCUAAUUUACUGCAUUCACAUAAGCAUCCCAAAGAUUCAUUUUACCUGCUAUUAUUGUGUAAAACAGACUUAGGUACUGGUCCAUUGUACUGUGGUCUUAAGUGGAGCCUGAAUGGGGAGAAGAGGUGGUCACUGAAGCAUCAGGUUGUGACUUAUGCCGGAUUUCAUUUUUGAAAUGUUGGGACAUGAAGAACAACUCAUCAAGAACUGUACAAAGUAUAUUUCAAUGGAAUGUUCAUGAUCUAUCUUUUUAUAUUUUGAAGAGAAAAAGAAAAUAGAAACAUAUCAAUAAAGCGUCAUAAUUGAACAUAUUUCUACUAUUGAGACUUAAAAUGUAUGAAUGUCAAUGUGAUCUAAUGUGAACCAACCUGCAUUGCAGCUUGAAUGAACAACUGAACAACAGUCAUGAGAUGCUUUUUCAGAGACAUUGAAAUUGCUUAAAAAUCACUGAGAUCAAACUAAAAUAAAUGGAAGAGUAAUCUCA